GCUGGUUCUACAGAAAUGCCCAAGUUUCACUUGCCAGUCCCAGCUGGAGUCCUUUGGUCGACAAGAGGGCAUUUGCUUUCAUGCCACCCAUUUGGCCCAUACCACCGCAUACAGUUCCCUCUCCAGUUCACUUCGCUCACUGGCACAACACACGAAAUAACACCAACGAAACAAAAAUCAGAGGCAGACCCUUCCCUCGGCAGCUGGAGGUCGCGUUUUAGGGCACAAAAUGCCUUAAAUGCACUAAAACGUAGGGCUCGGCCGCGGCUGCAGAGCUAUCGGCUGCCUCCCUCCUCGGGCGCCGUGGGGCUGGGAAGCCACAGUCCCCUCUGUUUCCAACCUGCGGGGAAAGGCCGCGGCAGCCGCCCUCACCGCGCCUCCGCCGCCGGCCGCCUCCGCCGCCCGGGGUGGCAGCAUCCGCUUCGGGCGGGAGCCAUGGCCGCCUCCCCUGGGAGGCAGAGCGGCUGCUACGAGCGCCUGAAUCCCAGCGGCAAGAAGGCUUCUUACAUCCAAAGAGUGCUAUUUAAGAAAACAAGUUUUCAUGGACCAUCUUUGGUUUUGUCAUUAUGGCAAACAUUUAAGUUUUUGUUGAUUAAAGUUGCAUUUCUGAAAGCUACAGCUGACAUUCUGGCUUUCAUGAGUCCACAAAUAAUGAAAGCAAUUAUUAUGGUCAAUGAAAAUCAUCCCAGUCCUUAUGGGAGUGGAUAUGGCUAUGCUUUUGCCCUGUUUUUUGUAGCUGUCUCACAAAGUCUUCUCCAUCAGUUAUACCAGCGUAACAACAUGCUUACUGCAGUCAAAAUCAAGACUGCAGUUGUUGGCCUGAUAUACAAAAAGGCCUUAACUUUAGCAAACUCCUCACGACGAAACUAUACAACUGGGGAAAUUGUGAACCUGAUGUUAGCAGAUGCUCAGCAACUCAUGGACCUAACUGUAAACAUCAACCUGUUGUGGUCAGCACCAUUUCAGAUCGUCAUGGCUGUCAUCUUUCUCUGGCAAGAACUUGGUCUCUCGGUCCUAGCAGGUGUUGUGGUGCUUCUUUUGGUUAUACCUAUAAAUGCACUCAUUGCAGCCAAAGUAACAAGACUGCAGAAAAGCCAAAUGAGGUAUUCAGAUCAACGAGUCAAGCUACUAAGUGAAAUGCUACAUGGAAUAAAGAUCCUCAAACUUUAUGCAUGGGAACCUGCAUAUCAGAGGAAGGUCAUGAACAUUAGAGAACGUGAAGUGGAUGUUUUGAAGUCAUCUGGGCAUCUGACAACUUACUCCAUGCUAACAUUGACGUGUAUUCCUUUCAUGGUAUCAUUGGCUACAUUUGGAGUCUUCUUUCAUCUGGACAAAGAGAAUGUUUUAACAGCCACUAAGGUUUUUACAUCUAUUUCUUUAUUUAAUAUUUUGCGACUGCCUUUGUUUGAUUUACCAUCCGUGAUCUCUGCUGUAGCCCAGACUAAGGUUUCUGUGAGCCGUUUAGAGGAUUUUCUGUGUGCUGAUGAUCUUAACCCUGAGGAUGUCAAUACAAACUACAAUGGAACAGAUCAUGCUGUUGAGUUUAUUGGUGCUUCUUUCCGCUGGGAAAAGAAUGGCCUGCCAGUCUUAAAAAACUUGAGUGUCAGCAUUCCUGAAGGCUCUUUAGUUGCCGUUGUGGGACAGGUUGGAUCGGGAAAGUCAUCUUUUCUUUCUGCUGUUCUUGGAGAAAUGGAGAAACUUGAAGGAACAGUUCAGAGAAGAGGUUCAGUGGCAUACGUUUCUCAGCAAGCUUGGAUUCAAAAUGACACUUUACAGGAAAACAUUCUCUUUGGUACAAAUCUAAAUAGGCCAUAUUAUGAACUUGUUUUAGAGUCUUGUGCUUUACUGCCAGAUUUGGAACAGUUACCGAAUGGAGACCAAACAGAAAUUGGAGAAAGGGGUGUCAAUAUAAGUGGGGGGCAGAAGCAGAGAGUGAGUCUCGCUAGAGCUUUGUACAGCAAUGCUGACUUGUAUCUUCUGGACGACCCCCUGUCUGCUGUAGAUGUACAUGUUGGGAAACAUCUUUUUGAGAAGAUAAUUGGACCUUCAGGUCUCCUAAGAAGCAAGACUCGUAUAUUGGUGACCCAUAACUUAACAGUCCUGCCUCACGCUGAUCUUAUAAUAAUAAUGGAAGAGGGCAGAAUAAGUCAAAUGGGGACCUACCAAGAACUCAUUUCAAAGAGAGCUAAUUUUGUGGAGCUUACUCGAGUCUUCAGUGCAGAGCAUACAAGUGAAGAGACAACGCCAAUGAAAGCGAGUCCUUCAAAAGAAGAGGACCAACAGGGCAGGAGUCUUCAACAAAGAGAACCGCUGAAACAUAAAAUUUCUUCCUCUGAUCAAUGGAAAAUACUCACUAACAAUAAAGAAAAAGUUGCCACUGGUGGUAUGAAAAUGUCAGUUGUUUUGAAAUACCUCCAAGCGUUCAAGUGCCGGUGGAUGUGGCUAACGAUAGCUGCUUAUUUAGGACAAAAUGCACUAGCCAUUGGACAAAAUCUAUGGCUUAGCGUCUGGACUGCAGAAACAGCAGAAGUUAGUGAUUUCACAGAAUGGAAACAAUCACAAAACUAUAAACUUUGUAUCUAUGGGCUUCUGGGAUUCACACAAGGUCUUCUCGUUUGCUGUGGUGCUUAUGUGCUCACUAGGGGAUCCCUGUCUGCUUCUCGGGCAUUGCAUCAUCAGCUUUUAGACAAUGUAUUACACCUUCCUUUACAGCAUUUUGAAACCAAUCCAGUUGGUCAGAUCAUCAAUAGAUUCACAAAGGACUUAUUUAUAGUGGACAUACGUUUCCAUUACUACUUACGAACUUGGCUAAAUUGUACACUAGAAGUUAUUGGAACCAUUCUAGUUAUCACAUCUGCCUCACCACUAUUCAUAGUGGUAGUUAUUCCCCUGGGAUACUUGUGUUUAACUGUCCAACGAUACUAUGUAGCAAGUUCACGACAAAUUCGACGGCUAGCAGGAGCAUCGCAUUCUCCUGUCAUCUCCCACUUCAGUGAGACUCUUGCAGGGCGAUCAACCAUUCGAGCAUUUGGCCACCAGGAGAGAUUCAUUAGAAAAAAUCAUGAUGUUGUGUAUGAGAACUUAAUUUACUUCUACAACAACGUCAUCUCAAACAGGUGGCUAUCUGUCAGGCUUGAAUUUCUGGGAAAUUUAAUGGUGUUCUUUGCUGCACUGUUUGUAGUACUGGCUGGAAAUACAGUGAGUUCUUCUACAGUGGGUUUAUCAAUAUCGUAUGCUCUAAAUAUAAUUCAGAGUCUAAAUUUUUGGGUGCGUAAAGCAUGUGAAAUCGAGACUAAUGCCGUUUCCAUUGAAAGAGUUUGUGAAUAUGCAAACCUGGAUAAAGAGAAACCAUGGAUAAUGUCAAAAAGACCACCAGUGGGGUGGCCCGAUAGAGGAAUAAUAGAGUUUGUUAACUACAAGGCUCAGUACAGGAAGAACCUUGGUUUAGCCCUGAAUGGUGUCUCUUUUCAGACAAAGAGUAAAGAGAAGGUUGGAAUUGUUGGAAGAACAGGAGCUGGUAAAUCAACACUCACAAAUUGCCUGUUUAGAGUUCUAGAGGGAACUGAAGGCAAAAUAGUUAUUGAUGGAAUUGAUAUAUCAACUAUUGGACUCCAUGACCUACGUGGAAAUCUUAACAUUAUUCCACAGGACCCCGUCUUGUUUUCUGGGACACUGCAGUCAAAUUUGGAUCCACUUGGAAAACAUUCUGAUCUUGAACUGUGGGAGGCACUGGAACUGUGUGACUUAAAGGAUUUUGUCCAGUCACUCCCAGAGAAGCUCCUUCAUGAGGUUGCAGAAGGUGGUGAAAAUCUCAGCGUUGGGCAGAGACAGUUGGUCUGUCUGGCCCGUGUUUUGCUACGAAAGACAAAAAUCCUGGUCCUAGAUGAGGCAACAGCUUCUGUUGACAUGGAAACAGACAACUUGGUGCAGGCCACUAUCAAAAGAGAGUUUUACAACUGCACAAUAUUAACGAUAGCCCACAGGUUACAUACAGUUAUGGAUUCAGAGAGAGUGCUUGUUCUGGAUGCAGGAAGGAUUCUAGAAUAUGAUACACCACAUAAUCUGUUACAGCGAAAUGGUGCCUUUUCUGAAAUGGUUGCAGAAGCUGGGAUAAGAAGAUAAAGAAAACUAAUGCAUUAAUUCUCAAUCAAGAUGAGAAUUCCUUACUCCAGUAAACACUUGAGGCAUAUCUAGCAUUACGCAUAUAUAUGGAAUAUAUAAAAUAACUGGCUUACUCAAUUGCUCCUCACAGCAUUGCUGUUAACUACAACUACUGUAGUUAUCAAUACAACUAUCUGUAUAUAUUGAUCAGGUUUCUCAAAAUAACUUUCUGAUUGUGCUGCUUUUGGCUGGGGUUGAAUUUCAUCAUAGUAGCUAGUAUAGAGCUAUGUUUUGGAUUUGUGCAGGAAACAGUGUUGCUAACACAAGGAUGUUCCAGUCACUGCUGAGCAGUGCUCACACAGCACCAAGGCCCUUUCUGCUCCUCACCGCCCUGCCAGUGAGUGGGCUGGGGGCGUGCAAAAAGCUGGGAGGGGAUGCAGCUGGGACAGCUGUCCCCAGCUGGCCAAAAGGAUCUUCCACAACAUAUAGCAUCAAGCUCAGCAUAUAAAGCUGUGGGAAAAAGAAGGAAUGUGGGGAUGUUUGGAGUGAUGGCGUUUGUCUUCCCAAAUCACUGUUACGUGUGAUGGAGCCCUGUUCUCCUGGAGAUGGCUGGACACCUGCCUGCCCAUGGGAAGUGGUGAAUUAAUUCCUUGUUUUGCUUUGCUUGCACACAUCUUUUACUUGUUCAACUAUCUUUAUCUCAACCCAUGAGUUUUCUCACUUUUAGCCUUCCGAUUCUCUCCCCCAUCUCACUGGGAAGGGAGUGAGCGAGCAGCUGAAUGGUGCGUAGUUGCUGCCUGGGGUUAAACCACAACACUGAUUUUAUACAGAUCACUUACUUUGAUUGUAUUGGCACUGGAGCCACAUAUUGAAGCAGUAAUUUUCAUGGCAUAUUUUAACUGUUGCACUAGCAAAGACUGAUUGAAAAAUAAAUAUUGCUGUUCGCACACUAUUUUAAAUUAAAAAUAGUACUUAAUAAUUAAGUUGCUCUGACAUUAUGCCCAUUCAGUUAAUACAUUCUUAUUGUAAUUGCAAAUUCAUAAAAAACCAAAACUGUUUAUUUUGUGGACAUACAGGUAGAUUUUACUGAUUUUUACGACAUGCAUAUUUGCAUGUAUACUUAGAUAAUUCUUGAGGUAAUAAACUCGCCACAUUAUUUAA